CCGAAGGUUAAAUCGAAAAAGGUCGCUCCCCCACCUUACCCUGUAAAGAAAAAAGACGGGGGAAAGGCUACUAAAAAUCCUUUAUUCGAAAAGAAGCCUCGCAAUUUUGGGAUUGGUAUGUGA